AUGAUGAUCAGGAGGAAAGUACCAUACGAUUUGAUGCAGGAAGAUAGGUUCGACUUGUCCACUUUGCGGUGUAUCUACAGAGUUCCUAAGCGACUACGGCAGGGAAACGAUGAUGAAGCCUACACACCUCAGGUAGUCUCUAUAGGCCCACUUCACCAUGGAAAGGGACACUUAAAUGGUAUGGAAUAUCACAAAAAGAGGUAUCGACAAGGUUUUCUACGUAGAACCACGAAAACAUUGGGGUUUUUUAAGAUGAAACUACGGGACCAAGAAGCAAGACUAAGAAGUUGUUAUGCAGAACCGAUUGGGUAUAGCAGUGAAGACUUUCUAGAAAUCAUUCUAGUGGAUGCCGUCUUCGUUAUUGAGUUUUUGUUGAAGUGCAGUGACCAAAAUUUUCGACAUGAGGAUGACUACAUAUUUCGUAGGCCAUGGAUGUGUGAUGAUGUAUUGGUUGACUUGCGGAUGCUUGAAAAUCAGUUGCCACUCUUCAUUCUGGAGGACCUUUUUGUCGCAGAUAGAUAUUUUGAUUCUACUAGUAAGCCUUCAAUAAGUAGUCUUUCUUACUAUCUGUUCAGUACUACAUUCUAUAGGGAAGGAACAAAAAACGUCGUUUUGCAGAGAACAGGUUUUCCUGAAGCGACACAUUUUGUUGAUUUGAUAAGAAAUUCAUGUCUACCAUCGAACCCAAAUGCCGAAAGGAAACUCAAAACUAUAAACAUACCCAGCAUCACAGAGCUACACAGGGCAGGGGUCAAGUUGAAAGUGGGAUCAGCGGAUAAGUUAUUUGAUAUUCGAUUUGCUGACGGGACUCUUGAAAUUCCAAAUUGGAAAUAA